AUGUAUCUCUCUCCCUUCGCAUUUAUUUCUUCAUCCCCACCACCACACAACAAAACCUCAUUGCCCAAAAUAGUGAACUUCCUUGAAUCCCUGCCUGCACUUUCCUUCCUUUUUGCCACCUUUUACUUCACCCUUGCCAAUGCAGCCACGUUUGACAUAACCAACAGAUGCCCUUACACAGUGUGGGCGGCUGCCUCACCUGGCGGUGGCAGGCAACUCAGCACCGGUGAGACAUGGACUAUCGGUGCUGAUCCUGGCACUAAAGAGGCACGCAUUUGGGCACGAACCAAUUGCCAAUUUGAUGAUUCUGGGAAUGGCAAGUGCGAGACUGGUGACUGCAAUGGGCUUCUAGUUUGCCAAGGCUAUGGUGCAGCCCCUAACACCCUAGCUGAAUACGCACUAGACCAAUAUGAACACAAAGAUUUUAUCGAUAUGUCUUUGAUUGAUGAGUUUAAUGUUCCUAUGGAGUUUAGUCCAGCUUCAGGAAGUUGCACCCGAGUGAUCAAAUGCACUGCAGAUAUAUUAGGGCAGUGUCCUAAUGAAUCGAAGGUCUCUAGAGGAUGUAAUGGUCCAUGCCCUGUGUUCAAGACUGAGGAACAUUGUUGCAAUUCUGGCAACUGUGGCCCUACAGAUUUCUCUAGGUUUUUCAAGGAUAGGUGCCCAGAUGCUUACAGUUACCCUAAGGAUGACCCUACAAGUUUGUUUACUUGCCCUACUGGUACUAGCUAUGAGGUUAUAUUCUGAC